UCCAUCAGUGGCCAUCGUUCUUAUUGUAUUUUCCUCUUAAUAAUUAUUAAAAAACGCCAAAAAUGGCGAAAAGGAUUUCACAGAGUUCAGUAAACUGGGCAGCUUUAUCUGAAAGAGUUCCGUCUGAGCAGAGAGCGAACCUUACAGCCUUCAAAGCGAAAUCCGAUGCAUAUCUACGAAGAGUUCUCGCUAAUCCUCCCGAACCACCAAAGAUCAACUGGGCUGUAUACAAGCAAUCGGUGCCGAUACCUGGAAUGGUUGACAAUUUCCAAAAACAGUAUGAAGCGCUGAAGAUUCCUUUCCCUGCCGACACCCAGACCGCGCAAGUAGACGCACAAUGGGCUGAAGUCAAGAAAGCUAUCGAAUCCUUCGUUCAGACGGCCAAUGCUAACAUUACGAAAUAUGAGAAGGAAAUCAGCUCAGUCCAGGCCCUCCUACCUUACGAUCAGAUGACAAUGGAAGACUACCGUGAUGCUUACCCCAACGAAGCUUUGGACCCAUUGAACAAGCCAACAUUCUGGCCUCAUGACCCCAAUGACCAGCCCGGAAACUACAAGCCUGAGGCGACACAAGCUGCUCACUAAGUCAUUCAUUAGCUAGCUCCUUGAUAUGCCAUCAAAAUAAAAUUUCAUUUUAUCAAAAUUCCAGCUAUAUUCAAUGAUAACUGAUUCUGAAUGCAUAUCAGGGUGCAGUAAGCAAUAUAAAUAAAUUCUGUUUAAAUUAUGUAGGAGUAAAAUGUAAUAAAUACAUAA